CUCCUGCAAUGCAAACGAAACUUUUCUCAACUAUAAAAGCGUCAGAAGUUUCUUCUUCUUCUUCUUCUUCUUUUCUUUUUUACUCCAGACUCUGCAGCAAACUUCAGCUCCGCAAUUCAAAGUCGAACCAUGGCUUUUAUUCAGACACCGUUUUACAAUCCGACAAUGCCCUUCACUGGGUCAAUCCAAGGUGGUCUGCACGAGGGGAAGAUGAUCGCCAUCAGUGGACAAGUCCCGCCUGGAGCCAAAAGGUUCCAUGUGAAUUUACAGUGUGGCUCCAGGACCAAUGCGGACAUUGCUCUCCAUUUUAACCCCCGGUAUGACGGUGACUCUUGUGUGGUCGCCAACACCCUGCAACACGGCAACUGGGGCAGCGAGGAGAGGAAGAACAACUCCAUACUUCCUCCUGGCUCCGUCUUCAACCUGCUCAUCACAGUCACCCGUGAUUCCUUCCAGCUGAAUAUCAACGGCAGUCACUUCAUGGACUACAGGCAUCGUAUUCCCGUUAACCGAGUGGACACCAUCGUUGUCGGCGGGACUGUUCAAAUUUCCUCCAUUGCCUUUCAGAGCAACGUGUUCCCUGGACAUCCUGUAUGUCCUUCUCAACCUUCAUUUCCUGCACAUGGAGCUUUUCCUCCUCAACCUGCCUUCCCAACUUGUCCAGCAUUUCCUCCUCAGCCAGGAUUUCCUCCUCAGCCAGGAUUUCCAUCACAACCAGGAUUUCCAUCACAACCAGGAUUUCCCUCUGGACUGUUUGUUGUUCCAUACAGAACCUCCAUCAACGGUGGAUUCACACCUGGGAAGACCAUCAUUAUCCAGGGAAAUAUUCAGCCCCACGCCACAAGGUUCCAUGUGAAUCUCAGCAUCAACUCUGGCAUCGCUCUGCAUUACAAUGCACGUUUCAAUGAGCACGCUGUGGUGCGGAACACUAAGCAGGGGGCGCACUGGGGCAGCGAGGAGCGUGGUGGAGGCAUGCCCUUCCACCAGGGGCAGCCUUUCACGUUGACCAUUUCCUGUGAGAAUAGCUGCUUCAGGAUCCUGGUCAAUGGGAUGCAGGCACACACCUACAACCACCGCAUCACUCCACUCAGAAACAUUAACACCCUGGAGAUCGAUGGUGACCUCACGCUGACCUCUGUGAUGGUGUAGAGAUCCACCACCUGUGGCUGUCGCCUCGUAACCACCAAUACUUGUCACAUCUAUCAAUGAAUCCAUGCUGAUUGAUUUGACUGGAUGCUGCAUAUUUACGUCCAGUGCUUUCAUGCCAAUAUAACAUAUAUAAUAAUUUCUAUAUAAUCAUAUGCCAUACUUUGUUUUUGU